AUGCUUGUGUCAAAGUUUAGACUUUUUGAACAACCUAUAGGUUGCAAAGUAGAAACAGCCGAAGCAUUGAUUAAAGCAGCAUGUGUUUUACAUAAUUUUAUUCGCAUAAGAGAAGGUGUAUUUUCAACACCUUCACACCCAUCUACUAUCAAUUCAAUGGGAUAUCAAAAUAUUGAGGAUCAAGGAAUAAGACCAACAAGAGCAGCAGAAAGUAACAGAGAUUUUUUAUGUGACUAUUUUGUAUCAGACGAGGGUAAAGUUCCAUGGCAAGACAAUUUCUCGUAA